CUCCUGCGCCCGACCUCGUCUGCGAGGAGCGACAUCACUCGCCAGCGGAGACAUGAGGCUCGACCCGCAGGCCGCCCUAUCCCUGGGGCUGCUGCGCCUCUGCCUGGCCCAGGUCAACUUCGCCCCCCACUUCUUCGACAAUGGGAUCGGCAGCACUGAUGGAAACAUGGCCUUAUUCAGCCUCCCGGAGGACACUCCUGUUGGCUCUCAUGUGUACACCCUGAAUGGAACAGACCCCGAGGGAGACCCUGUGUCCUACCACAUCAGCUUUGACCCCAGCUCUAGAAGCGUCUUUUCCAUUGACCCCAAUUUUGGAAACAUCACCCUGAUUGAAGAGCUGGACAGAGAGUGGGAGGAUGAGAUUGAAGCCAUCAUCAGCAUUUCUGACAGCCUGAAUCUGGUGGCAGAAAAAGUUGUGAUCCUGGUGACUGAUGCCAACGAUGAGGCACCCAGGUUCAUCCAGGAGCCUUACAUUGUCCAGGUUCCUGAGGACACACCUCCCGGGAGCAGUAUCUUUAAGGUCCAUGCCGUGGACAAAGACACAGGUUCUGGAGGAAGUGUCACCUACUUCCUACAGAAUACGCAGUCCACCAAAUUUACCAUGGACCGCCACAACGGUGUGCUGCGCCUCAGGCCUGGGACCACCCUGGACUACGAGAAGGCCCGGGCCCAUUUCGUCACCGUGGUUGCCAAGGAUGGUGGAGGGAGGCUGCGAGGGGCUGAUGUGGUGUUCUCGGCCACCACCACAGUCACAGUCAAGGUCGAGGACGUGCAGGACAUGGCUCCUAUCUUCAUGGGCACACCCUACUAUGGCUAUGUAUACGAGGACACCAUUCCGGGCUCGGAGGUACUGACAGUGGUCGCCAUGGAUGGAGAUCGGGGCAAACCCAACCACAUUCUCUACAGCCUCAUGAGCGAGAGUGAUGGAGCCUUUGAAAUUAAUGAGACUUCUGGAGCAAUCUCAAUCACACAGAGCCCUGCCCAGCUCCAGAGAGAGGUGUAUGAGCUGUAUGUACAGGUGACUGAGGUCAGCUCCGCAGGGAGCCCAGCUGCCCAGGCCAUGGCUCCAGUCACCAUCAGGAUCGUGGACCUCAACAACCAUCCACCUACAUUCUAUGGAGAGAGUGGGCCCCAGAACAGGUUUGAGCUGUCCAUGUAUGAGCACCCGCCCCAGGGGGAGAUCCUGCGGGGACUGAAGAUCACCGUCAAUGACUCAGACCAGGGAGCCAAUGCCAAAUUCAACCUGCAGCUGGUGGGACCUGGGGGCAUCUUCCGGGUGGUCCCACAGACAGUCCUGAAUGAAGCCCAAGUCACGAUCAUUGUGGAGAACUCAGCUGCCAUUGACUUUGAAAAGUUCAAAGUGUUAACCUUCAAGCUCCUGGCCAUUGAAGUGAACACCUCGGAGAAGUUCAGCUCCACAGCGGAUGUAGUGAUCCAGCUCCUAGACACCAACGACAAUGUCCCCAAGUUCACCUCCCACUACUACAUUGCCAGAAUCCCUGAGAAUGCCCCAGGGGGCUCCAAUGUGUUGGCUGUCACAGCUAUGGAUCCGGACACAGGUCCCUGGGGUGAAGUCAAAUACUCCAUCUAUGGAUCUGGGGCAGACCUCUUCCUGAUCCACCCAUCCACUGGGAUUGUCUACACCCAGCCCUGGGCCAGUCUGGAUGCUGAGGCCACUGCCAGGUACAACUUCUACGUGAAGGCAGAGGACAUGGAGGGCAGGUACAGCCUGGCUGAGGUGUUCGUCACUCUGCUGGAUGUAAAUGACCACUACCCCCAGUUUGGAAAGAGCAUCCAAGAGAAGACAAUGGUGCUGGGGACCCCAGUGAAAAUUGAGGCCAUGGACCAGGACGCAGAGGAACCCAACAACCUGGUGGACUAUUCCAUCACCCACGCGGAGCCAGCUAAUGUGUUCGACAUCAACGCACACACCGGAGAGAUCCGGCUCAAGAACUCCAUCCACUCCCUGGAAGCCCUGCACAAUAUAACACCCAAUGGGGACUACACGUGGUCCCUGGAGGUGCAGGCCAAGGACCGUGGGUCCCCAUCCUUCAGCACUACAGCCUUACUCAAGAUUGACAUCACAGACACUGAGAUGUUGUCCCGAAGCCCCAUGGAUGCCUUCCUGAUGCAGACCAAAGACAAUCCCAUGAAGGCUGUGGGUGUGCUGGCCGGCAUCAUGGCUGGCAUCGUGGCCAUAACCGUCCUCAUCUCCACGGCCACCUUCUGGCGCAACAGAAAGUCCAACAAGGUCCUGCCAGUGCGCCGUGUGCUCCGCAAGCGUCCCAGCCCUGCACCCCGCCCUGUCCUCAUCGAGUGGCUCAAGUUCAACAGGACCAAGGCCGCUGCCAAGUUUGUGCUCCAAGAGAAUUCUCCCAAUGAAAACUGCAGCAACAGCCUAGGACACCCCCCGCCCCCCAGAGCUCCAGCUCCCCCUCCACCACCAGGAAUGGCGCCCAGCACAGCCACAGCCCCUUGGACUGUACCUACAGUCUCUGGCUCACUCACCCCUCCUCAGCCCCAACGUUCAUGCAAACCCAAGUCCUUGGGAAGCCCCAGGCAGUCAGCUCUGGUCUCUGAGCUCAGGCAAAAGUUUGAGAAGAACAGUGUAGCUAGUAAGGCUUACUUCUAGAGUGUCCCAUGGCCUCUCCCUUCCCCAUUCCAUGUUCCCCACUCUGCUCCCUCAGGUCACCCCUUUUUGUGGAAUGGUGUAACCUCCAUAUGCAGGACUCUGGACAGCGCCUUAGGCAAGGGGUUGCUCUGGCUCUGGCAGCAAUUGACAAAUAUUUCCCCAUCACCCAGAUCCUUGGCACAGCUAUGAUGAUCCCUGUUCUGCAGAGGCUGGGGAUCUACAUGGAGCCAGCUAACCAAUCCCAGACCUCACAGUCUCUUGGGUCUUCCUGAGGCCUCAACAUCCUUAGUCAAGGAGCAGGUGCCUGGCCACCUGUGACAAGACCAACUAGAACCUGGAUCCUGAAGCCUCCAGCUAAGAGCAGGAGUAGAAAAAGGAGGUUCAGUGCUGGCUGAAGUUGGAAGUCAGCAAACCUUGCAGGCUGAGGGAGAGUAAAUGUGGCAAGAAAGGGUAAAGAUGCACUAAAAACACGCUGCUUGCAGGACUGUGCCUGAAAGCCACUGGGGAGCUGGGGGAUGGUGUAUGAGCAGAGUCUGUGGGGCCCCUGCUUCGCCCACGAGGGACCAUGGACACAGAGGGAUAAAAUGGGCUUUGCAGGAGUGAGGGAAGGUGCUCCUUCCAGGGCUGCCCUGGGCCUGGAAAUGUCCAAACUGGGGCCACAGUAGUGGCCCUAGAGGCAUCAGGCACAGCUUCACGUUCUCUCUCUAAGGAGCUGCCCUACCAGAGGUCCAUGAAGAGACAGUACAGGCAUUAGAAGGAUGUCAGGGUUGAGUUCUGGGUAGACCUCCAUUUAAACAGCUCUUCUGUUUACAUGGUGAAACCUUGGGAAAGCUGUUUAAACUCCCUGACCAUCCUCUUGCUCAUGUGUAAAAUGAAGAAAGUAAGUCCUGUCCACCUUGCUCACAGGUCUACGGUGAAUGCUGAAAUAAGUAAUGGUGACAAGGCUUUAACCAAGUGCACAGCAGCAUACAUGUGAAGUAUUUUUUUCUGCAGGCCAGUUCACUGGGGAGCAACUUUUUCAGAAAGUAUUAGGAACCUCUCAGCUACUCUGCCAAGCAUCCCAGGAGGUUAGGGUGCAGCCACUGAUCUGCAGCAGCCAGAGCUGGACGAUGGCAUUGCCCUUCAUUCACACACUUCCUUUCCAUCCCCCCGCCCCACCCGCCAUCACCACCACGUCCCCUGAGCAGCCCUGGCCAGCCAUCAGAGAGGACCAGAGCUGGGCAGCACCUCCAGUCCAAGCCUCCAUUUGCCAAGAUGACAAAGUGAGUUCCCAAGAGAGGAAUGAUUGCUAGAAGCCACACCGGGCUUGGUGACAGGAACCUGGUCUAUGGGCUCCCAGCUCCUCAGCACUGUCUUCUAGCUGGGGCCACCUUGAUAGCUUGUGACCACCUUCCCCAAGAGAGAAGACAUGCAGGCCUCUGUGGUUAAAACAAAGAGGUUCUGUCUGGCUUUAAGGAAACCUAAAGAAAUAUAGACAUGAACACAGAGAGAAAAGUAUAACAGUUCUUUGCAUUUCACGCCACUCUCUAAUAACCCCACUAGAACACGCCAGUGAUCUUAUUUACACAAUGAUAUACACAUAUGGUUUUCUUGAUUCUGAGCCUGUGUGUCCAGGUGUUACUCAGAUGUGCCGGUGUGCAGUCCCCAACCCAGAGAAUAUUAAAAGGCGGGCUCUAAGAAGCCGUGAGCCCAGACUGAACAAACAGGUCCUUUGCAGUCCAUGUUUCAGGAGAGGGUUGCUCUGUCAAGUUUGCCCUCCACAGGGAGUAUUGUAUCCUUCCAGUCUGCAUGCAGUAUUCUUCUUUUGAAAAUGGUAAAUAAAAUCUGUUACCCGACA